AUGAGUCUUAAUCUCUAUGAAAAGUCGCGCAUUAAAAAUCGGGCAGAUGAACGUGAUCACAUACAAAAAUGUUUAUUUACCAAUUGGAUUAAUGCACAAUUAGAUGGAGUGUUCUCGUCGGAAUUUCUCACCUAUUUAUCUUAUCCAAAUGAUCUACAUAACAAAUGGACAUAUCAUAGUUCAAUGAAUCGAUUGCCACAUUCGCCAUCCGGAGAAAUAUCACCAUGUACACACAGAACAACAUAUGCUAUAGGACAUACUUAUUUAGUUAGAGAAUUAUAUAAUGAUUUACGUGAUGGACGAAUUUUAUUACGUUUAUUAGAAUUACUAUCAGGAAGACAAUUUACAAGAAUUAAUCAUAGUCAAAUGAGAAUUCAUCAAUUGGAAAAUAUUAAUAAAGCACUUGAUUUUCUUUAUGAAGAAGGAGCGCAUCUUGAAAAUGUCGGUGCACAAGAUAUUGUUGAUGGUAAUCCAAGACUUACAUUAGGUUUAAUAUGGACAAUUAUAUUACAUUAUCAGGUUCAGGACAUUGUUGUAAGAGAAUCAGAUGAGACUGGUGAAGUUCGACAUGCCAGGGAUGCUUUACUUCUUUGGUGUCAACUUAAAACUGCUGGUUAUCCUCAGGUUGAAAUUGUUGAUUUCACAAAAAGUUGGCGUGAUAGUUUAGCAUUUGCUGCUUUACUUCAUCGACAUUAUCCAAACUUGAUUGAUUAUGAUCGAAUUAGUCAUAUUGACAGUUUACAAGUGCGAUUAGAAAUUAUUUUUCAACAAGCCUAUUUACAUUUAGGUAUACCAAUAUUGAUUGAGUCGAAAGAUUUCAUUCAAACCUGUUGGUUAGAAGAACGAUGUGUAAUGACUGUGGUCGCAACAUGGUAUCGUUAUUUAACUAGUUCACAUAAUGCCAAAUUAUCCACAGAACGUGUUAGUAAAGUAAUUCAGCAUAGUUUAAGAAUCAGUCAUAAAAUAUUUGAUUAUAUGAAACAAACAAACCGAUGGCUUAAAUGGUCCAAUAUGAAUAUUAAACAAAUUAAUCAAUUAUUCAAUAAACUACAAGGAUCAUAUCAAAUUCGUAAUGAUUUAGAUGUAAGGCUAGAAUUACAAAAUUUACUAAUUUGGAGGCAAAAAGAAAAAGCUGAAAAAAUGUCUGAAUUAGUUCAAUUAGAAACCCUUCUUAGUGAAAUUCAUACUAGCCAAUUAGCUGAAUCACAUCGGUUAUUCAAACCAACGAAUGGUUUCAGUCUUGGUGAUUUAGAAGAAUCAUGGAGAUGUUUAAUCACUUCGGAACAUAAUUGUCAUUUAGCUAUUGUAGAUGAGUUAAUUCGACGAGAAAAUCUAGAAUUUUUAGGUGCAAAAUUUCAGCGUAAAAUUGAAUUAUGUUUGAAUUGGUUACAAGAGAAUAUACAAAUUAUUGACUUGGGAUCAAAAACAGAAGAUUUCAAGUUUUUAGAACAAAUGAAUUCGAUUGAAGUCUAUUUUAUCAACAUUAAUAAUAAUAAUAAUAAUACUUAUAAUGAGAAAUCGUUUGAAUUUCAACGAUUCCCUUAUAAUAACUUAAUCAAUUAUCGACAUCAAAUUAUCUCAUUGCGAAAUAAACAUGCAGCUUUAAUUAAUGAUACAGAAACUUAUGUAAAUUUAAAAUUAUCAAAAUUAAGUGAAUUAUUGUACAUUUUAACUUCAUCGCUAAAUAAAUUACAAUGUGAUAAAUAUCAAAAACAAUGGAGUCAACUUUUAAACACUAAUAAUAUAUUACAAGAAAAAUUACUAAAUCGUACAGAUUAUUUAAAAUUAAAUCAAGAAUGGAUAGAUUAUUUAUUACAGUUCAAUGAUCAAUUGGAGAAAUUCAAUAAUAAAUUGACACUGUUGAAACAUUUAACUGAAAAUAAUAGAACCAAUUCCGUUGACACUUAUUUAGAUCAAUUUCAAUUAGAUAUGAAUCAAUUAGUUAUUUGGAUUGAGUCUGUAAAAGAUUUAUUGCAUAGAAUUGAUCAUUUUAAAGAUCAACACAAUGAUGAUAAUCUACCUAGAGUACAUUUACAAAUGAAUAUUAAGAAUAGUUUAAUAUAUACUGAAUUGUAUCAUUCAAAUCUUGAAGAGAUUUUGAAAGGAACAAGUCAAUGGAAUACAGCGGUAAAAAGUGUUUAUCGUUUAUUAAAUGAAAUGAAUGAAGAAUUAAUAUGGAUAAAAGAUCAAGAUGAUUCAAUUAAACCUUUGGAAUUUCUUAAAGAUGAACUCGAUGAAAACUUUGGCAAAGUCACUAUCAAAACGAAUCAUUUACAAAAAAAAUCACGAUUACUUCAAAAUGAACUUCAAUUAAGGUAUGGAAUUAAUUCUUAUGACGAUUAUCAUUUAUUGACAUUUAAUCAAACAAUCUAUGAUCAAUUACUACAAAUCAUCACAAAAUUAAACCCAAUAGAAUUUAAUCAGCUAACUUUAAAUGAUAUUUCAUUACUGAGUGUCAUUAAUAAUAACACGGAACUCAGUGAAAAUGAUCAUUCGAAUGAAACUCAAGAAAACGAUAAAAGUGACAUGAUUGAAAUUUUACAAAAAUGCCCAUUAAUCCGAAUCUAUGAAGAGAUUUUAAUAUCAUUAAAAAGCAUACAUUUAUCAAAUUUUCCAAUCAGUAAUUCAAUAUUUAUUACACAUCAAACUAUUCCAAAUGAAAUACGUCAAAAUAAAAUCAUUGAAUUUGUUCAAAUGUUACAACGACAGUGGAAUAGAUUACUGAAAUCAAUAAAGGAAAUUAAUACUAAAUUAAUCGAACAUUUCCACUAUUUAGAUGCAUUACAAAGUUUAAUUAUCAUAAAUACAAAAAUUGAAGAAAUCAAUUUACGUAUCUGUGAAACAUACAACAGUGUUCAGUCAAUAUCAAUGUUGACUGAUUAUUUUAACGAUCUGAUUGAACCGGUUCAAGAUGGCAAUAAAACAGUGCAAUUAUCAAUUGCUGAUAAACAUGAUAUCACCAAUGUGUUGGGAGAAGAGAAAACUUUAACAGUAGCUAAAGAAAUUGUUAUUAAUUCAACAUUGAGACAAAUGGAUCAUAUAAUUGAACAAUUGAAAUUAUUUCCUACAUAUUUAAAUCGACUACGCAAUGAAGUAUACAUUUUCUUGCCAGCCAGAUCUGUUAUGAAUGAAAAUGAUCAUUCAGAAUUUCUUCAUUUAGAAAAUAAAUUAAAUAAUCUCAAUGUAUCUAGAAAAUCCCUUACGGAAGUAACUUUUCAAUCUACUACACAACGAAGUACUAACAACGAUGAGGAAAAUCAUAUUAGUGAUCACAGUGAUGAAGUUUCAUUAACCGGUCCACAAACAGUUGGUUCAUCAUUUCAAGAAGAUGUUAACUCUGGUAAUUCUAAAUCCAUUCUUGACGAUGAUGUUGAUGAUAAUGAAGAGAAGACACAUAAAGAUCAACUCUCAGCUAUUUCUCCGUUAAAUGAAACAUUGAAUUUACAACAAACAAAUUGUGAUUUAACUUUAAUGCCUACUGAAUCUGUCAAUAGUCUUCUUUUACAAGAUAUAAUGUUUACUUCAACGAAAUCACUUGUUAUUAGUAUUGAAGACAGUGAGGAUAAUGUGAAUAAUUACAAGACUCCAAUGAAUACACCUGAAGCGCAUGAAUUAUGUAUAUUAUUAAUUCCACAUAUUUCAAUGAUUGCUUAUCAUUUAUUGAAUCGUCUAUAUUUUAUUCAUAUGCAUUUUAAAGAUUAUUUAGAAGAUAGUUUAAAACAAAGAGAUAUAUUAGAGUUUCGACGUAAUAUUCUACGUCUUGUCGAUAAUAUUGUAUCAAUGGAGAAUUGGAUUGAAGAAAAGUGGAACUUUUCUAUCCACAGUCAACUGAUAUCCAUAAACAAAUCAUCUAGUAGUUCUAUUCUAUUGUUUAAUAAACAAAUGCAAAUCAACAUGCUUUUAUUUAGAAGACAUGUGUCUCCACAGCAUCGAAAUAUGAAAACGUCAACAUUAUAUGAUUCAGAUCCAAUCAUUCAGCCGAUCACUAGGGUGUGUAACCAACAGUUGGGCAAUAUGAAACAAGUUCGAUUAAUAAUUUAUCCUUCAUUGAAAUUUUUGCAAUCAUUGCCAAUAUCAUGUCCACUGGUUGUUACAGAAGAAAUACUUCAUGCUAAAUCACAACUCUCUGUACAAGCUUAUCGUUUUAAAACAUUUGAAAAUGAAUUAACAAGUCAAGCAAAUUUAAGAUUAAGUGAAAUUGGAAUGCUUAAUGAAGGAUUAUGGGAAAAUUUUAGACGAUUUGAUCAAGAUAAAGAUUUUAGUAUUCUUCAAUUUAUUGAACCGACUAUAAAGCUGAAUUUACCAGUUGAUGUCGAUAUGGAUGAUGGUGAUGUAGAUGACGAUGACGAUAAUGAUGAUGAAGAUGAUGCGGAUAAUAAUGAACAAGGCGAAGUGAGGAAAGAACACAGUGAAAUGAAAGAGGAUUCCGAUGAAAUCAGUGUAGAAAAUGAAAGCAGUGAAGAGAUUGUUGAUGUCAAUCAUGAAAAUACAACAUAUAACUUAGAUACAUUACAAAAUGAUAAAAAUAAUAUUUAUACAAAAAAAUAUUCAAAAUUAUUAGAUUAUAUUUACAAGAAAUGGCAACGUUUUAAACUUUCAGUGGAUGCACGUCAUGAACGAUUUGAAUUGGCUGCAUGUUUAUCAAAAUAUCAUACAUUAUGUCAAACAACAAAAGAUUGGAUUAUGAACAAAAGAGAAUUACUCAUAUCAACAGAUGAUUUAGGUACAGAUUUAAAUAGUGUCAUGCAAUUACAAAGACGAUUAUUAGGUUGGGAAAAAGAUUUUAUUGCAUUACAAAGUGAAAUUCAAAUGUUAAAUGUAGAAGGUGAACGAUUAAUGAAAACUCUCAUAGAAGAAGCACCACAAAGAAGAGAUUUAUAUCUUAUCUCUGGUGAAUUAUACGCAUCGAAAGAAGUUAGUCAAUUACGGUUAGAGUUAAAUAAAGAAUGGGAACUUUUACAAGUAGAAUUAAGAAAUCGUCAAGAGAAAUUAUUAGCUUCGGCGGAACUACAACAAUUUUUUCAGGGUUUAGAUGACAAUCAAUUAUGGUUGCAUAAUAUUGAAAUUCGUGUAGCAACACAUCAAUUACCACAAUCUGUGGAAGAAGCUAAAGCUGAAGUUGAUCUACACAAAGAAUUAAGUGAAGAGAUUUUAGCACGUAAAGAUGAAUAUAGUGAUUUAAUUAGUUAUGGACGAUGUAUUACAGCUGGUGAAACAGAUACACAUUAUGUGCAACUUGAUCAACGUUUAGACAGAUUAGAAAAUGGUUGGUCUGAAUUAAUGCAAAUGUGGACAUAUCAACAAAAAGUUUUAGAACAAAAUUUAAACUUUCAGACAUUUUUACGCGAUGCCCAUUUACUUGAAACUUUGUUGUCAACACAAGAAACUAAAUUAAUGAGUUAUCAACUGAUAAAAGAAAAAAAUACAACUGAUAUUCUUACUUCGUUGAAAUCUCAACAAGAAAUUGUUCAAUGUUUAAUAAAUGCUGAGAUCUCGUUGAAUAAUUUAAAUGAUGCUGCAAAUCAACUUAUUAUAGACAAAGUAUAUUCUGUAGAGAAAAUACAAAGCAAAAUUUUCUUUAUUAAAAACAGGUAUAACACAUUACUUGAUGAAGCUCGUACGUUAGUGGAUUCAACUAAAGAUUUGAUAGCACUUCGGGAAGAUAUGCAACAAAUUCAAACGCUUCAUGAAUGGCUUACAGAGAAAAAAGAACUUGCUGAAGAAUGGGAUCAGGCAGGUAAACUGUCGAAUAUUGGUUCAUUGGUUCCAUACAAAGUAUUUGUCAGUAAACAAUACACACAACAUCGUGUACUUGAAAGUGAAAUAGAAUCUAACAAUGAUCGUAUUAAACAAGUUUUUCAGAAUGUAGUCAAUACCAUUGUACAAUAUCCACGUAUUGCGGAUCAAUUAAGUGAAUCGCUUGGUAGCCUUAUGACAUUAUGGGAAAAUUUACGUAAAUUGAUGCGAGAAAGAGGCGAUUACAUGCUACAAUUACACAGAGCAAUUAUAUUUGAAGAUGGAUGCAGUGAACUGAAUCAUUGGUUGGAUAAAUUUUUUCUGAAAUUUUUAUCUUUCAAACCUCAAAAUAAAUUUGAACAAUUUGAAGGGGAACACAUUACACAAGAUCCAUCACUGAUGAUUGAAAGUUUAAUUGAACAAUUGACAUCAGAUUAUAAUAUGGAAAUGUUUAAUGAAACAGAAUCAUCAAGUAAAACGUUGGAAUAUCUUGUACAAAACAAAUUUUUCAAUCAAAAUUGGACAAAUAAAGCCAAUGUGUCAGGUUGUACAAGUAUGGCAGAGGUGACUUUACAUCUAAAUAAAAUUAAUGAAUAUUUAAAUGACCUUGAUGUGAAGAAAAAAUUUCUAGUUGAACUUCAUGAUCAUUCAUUGAUACUAUCAAAUCUUGACAACGAUAAACAGAAUACAGAAGUAGUAGUAACAAAGAUUCAGAAUUUGAUCAAUAAAUUUUGGAAAAUUCAAAUAUUUAUUUAUGAACAUGCUGAAGAACUGAAAGCACAAAAGCACGUCUAUCAACUUUAUAGAGAUUUGGAAAAUGAAAGAAUCUGGACUCAUGAAAAACUUCUUUUAGCCGAUAAUACUUAUAUUGGUCGCUCUUUAUUCGCCGUAAAUCAACUGAUCAGACAACAUCGAUUACUCAUUAAAGAAGUGGCUAAUAGAACAAAGCGAACAGAGAUCACGUUACAAGAUGCAGAUAAUAUUAUUGUGAAAGUUCAGUCAACAAAUGAAAUAAUUUUCGAUAAUUAUAAUAAAACAAAUGAACAAUUGACGAUUGAUUCAACUAAAAAUCUGUUACCUAAUGAAACAACAGUUCAUGAUUGCAUUCAAAUUGAAUUAUCAUCUGAUACAGGUGUGAAAUAUCAAAUUCCAAAGAAAAUUCUAACCGAUUUGUAUACAACAGUUACAGAACUACGUAAUGAUUUGAAAAAUCUAACUGAUAAAAUGUAUAAACGUACAGAUCGAUUAAAUAUUGGCUUUCAAUGUUUUACACAUCUAGAUGAAUUUGCUGAAUUACGUGGUUGGUUACAAGAAUGUGAAAAUAUAUUAUUGUUGGAAUCAAGAGCUAGUCGUGAUACGAUUACAGCCAAAAUUGAACUUAAAAAACAUGCAAAUAUUGAAUUUCGUGUAAAUACGUUAUUGGCAAAUUGUGUUCGUGAUUUCAAUGAGAAAUCAUUGAAAUUAAUCAAUGAAUUUUUGGAACGUAAAGAAAAUUACAAAAUCCAAUUGGAUCUGAUGAAAACAAAUGACAAUCUAGAAAAUGUUGUGAAACAAUCAUCGUCGUUACAACUGGAGAAACACAAUAAUAAUCUAAAAAAGCCAUCACAAUCAAUUCUAAUUGAUGAUGAACUUAUGAGUCAGACAAAACAGAGUUCAAUGCAGAAUUUGAUAAAUCGUCGUAAAGUUCGUAGUCAAAUUAAACAACUACAAAAACGAAUUCAAGUGAUCCAGUCUAUUCAACAAAUUAUGGAUCGUCAAUAUGCAAGUCUGCUGGAUGUCUGUGUACAGAAACGUCAGCGUUUAGAGGAAAUUCUAGCUUUGAGCAUUGUUUAUGAAGAAGUUGCAGAGUUGAAAAGUUGGUUAAAUCAACAAAUUAUUACGGCCUCAUCAACAUACACAGGACGAAGUUUAAACGAAUGUGUACGCAUUAUCAAUCAGUUUGUGCAUUUUGGUGAGAAUCUUCUAGGAGAAUCUUUCACAUCAUUUGUAGAAAGUGAACUACGCUCGUUUGAUCCUAUUUCAUCAGCAUACAACAUGAAUAUUACGGAUCAAUUUGUAAACACUUCUGGUUUAGGUGCUGAACGCACAACAAGAGUCAUGAACAUGUGUUGCUGUUUGAUACGUACAAAACAUUCAGAUUCUCCACGUAUUGCAUAUUGGCAAGAUAUUAUUUUAGAAACAUGGGCUGAUUUACGUGAAUUAAUUUAUUCAAGAGCUAGAUUAUUAAUUUCAGCAGCACAUCGAUUUAUUUUUGUAACUCGUUGCUCUGAAACUUUGAAACUUGUUCAAGAAAAAUCUGAUCAACUCUCUCAUUCAAUCGGUAAAGAUGUACAAGCUAUUUGUAAACAAUUGUCUUUAUUAUCCGCAUUUGAACAAGAUGUCCAAGCUCUUGAACCAUUAAUUAAUUGGGUUGAAAGAGCAGCGGAUUGUCUUCUUCCUUUGUAUUCGGGAAAUCGGAUUAAACGUUUAAAUAAACCACGUACCAUUCUUCUUUCUGUCUGGUAUCAACUUAAAGAAAACACUUAUCUUCGUCGUAUCAAAUUAAAACGUGCCUUAGCUUUAUAUCGUUGGAUAUCGAGUUUAGAUAUUCUAUUCAACUGGAUUGAACAGUGUCACAAAGAAUUAGAACGUAUUGAAUCGGAUAUAUGGAAUAUUAUUAGUCCACAAUCGACUAUCAUCAACAAAUCGAAUCACAUUACAACUGAGAAUAUAAAAUUUGCUAUCGGUCAAGCACUUCAACUACGCGCUGAAUUAAAUGCUAGAGAUGAAAAAGUUAAAUCAUGCUUAGAAGAAGUAUGA